UGGGGAGAGGCGACGAGGAGGGGUGACUGGGAGGAGGCGACCGAGGAGGAAGUGACAGAAGGGAGGGUGAAGGAGAGCGAGAGACUGGCGGUGCUGCCGGAGAAGAAAGGGUCUUCGAAGGCGCCGCAGGAGGCGACACAGGAGGCGGCGUAAGAGGCGGUGUAGGAGGCGGCGGGGGAUAUGGCUCUGUCGGGGGGUUCGGUGGGGGAGGAUACGGCCCUGUUGGGGGUUUUUGUGGCGGAGGAUUCGGCGGGGGAGACAUAUCUGACGCCGAGAUCUCCCGGCGCCAGAUGGACACCAUCAUCCUCCUUCUGCAGCGCCUCAGUGACAGGCAAGCCGCCUUCGAGACCCUCCAAGGCCAGCGAGCAGAGCGGAUUGACAACAUCAACUACAGACUAACCCGCAUGGAGCUGCUGGCGGAGGAGCGGAAGGGCGUGCUCAGCGAAAUCAGCAACGCCAUCCAGCACCGGAUGGAGACCACCGACAGCGAGAUGGACCGCAUCACCGGCCUCAUGGACAACGUCAAGGACAGCAUCACUGCCCUCAUCCAACGCCACGUCGACCUCCGAGGCCUCAUCGCUGACCUCCCCCGGACAGCAGAUCCGGAGGAGAACAACGGGCAGAAGCUGCAGGCGGUGGCGGCCUCCGUGUUCAGCGUGCACUCGGUCGCCCAGGCCAUCCAGCAGGAGCUCGGCGACCUCGGACUCAACCUGACGCAGCUCAUGAACACCACAGGAACGCUCGGCUACAUCCGGAGCAACAUGGUGUCCAAGCAGUACCUUCUCCAGAGCCUCAACGAGCUCAAGUCGAGCCAGACGGUGCCCACGGUGUCCGUUAUGCCCCGGAUGAUGGGCACGCGGGGGAGGACAGGCGGCAAAGUUGAAAAGGAGCCCGAGGACUGCUGGCAGCUUCUCCGCCAAGGCAAGAAGAAGUCGGGCGUCUACCGCAUCCAGCCGCAGUACUCCAGCGUUCCGUUCUUCGUCUACUGCGACAUGGAGACUGAGGGAGGCGGCUGGACGGUGAUUCAGAGGCGUGAGGACGGCACGGUGGACUUCCUCCGCGAGUGGAAUGAGUACAAACACGGCUUCGGCAACCUGGCGGGCGAGUUCUGGCUGGGGAACGAGAAGAUCUACCUCCUCACGAGCCAGCACGUUUCGAAGCUUAGGAUUGACCUGUCUGAUUUCGACCAGCAAAGCGGUUUUGCAGUGUAUUCUGCGUUCGCUGUAGGGUCUGAGCUGGAAGGUUACUCGCUCAAAAUGCUGGGCGAGUACAGGGGAGACGCAGGCGACUCUCUGCGCUACCACGUGGGCCGGCGCUUCAGCACCAUCGACGUGGACAACGACGCCUGGCCCGAGCGGAACUGCGCCCGAGACCACAUGGGCGCCUGGUGGUACAGGGCCUGUGACACAAGACAAUUAUCCACGCCAACAUUCUCCAACAGCAACCUCAACGGCCGCUACCUGCACGGGCCGGUCCCCUCCGACCACGAGUACUCCGGCCUCUACUGGUACGACUUCCGUGGGCCCCGCUACUCCCUGUGGCGCUCCCGCAUGAUGGUCCGCCGGGGGGGUAGCGUGGGCCGCCCGGUCUUCAAGGACAUCGACGAAAUUAAGAGCUCCACCACCACUGCCCGGCCCGAGGAACCUACCCCAGCGGAGGACGACGAGAUCCACUCCGACCCCGAGCCCUACGACCCUUACGCCACCUACAAUGGAUACGACCCCUAUGCCAUCUACGACGGUUAAGAAUCUUCCUCCACGCUCUCCACUUCUACUGAGGUCGCCGAUCCACAGGGUUGCAUGACCACUUCGACUUCAAGGAGAUUGCCCCUCCACUGCUGAUCUUCAUAGACUUCUUAUGUGAUCAGCAAGGAAGAAAACUUCCUCAGUGGACAAACUCGAGGAACAAAUCGGAGCAUUCUGGACGAUAUACUAUGCCUGAACUCCUCUCACGGGCCUCUUCCUGAACGGUUCUCUUCUUGAAAAUAAAAUACUGGAUUUCUUUCCCUCAUUCCAUGGUGAAAGGUGCUUUACCUUAUUACUCACAAAUUUAAGACUAAUGUAAAAUAGAUGUUGGCCAACUUACAUAUUAGCAUACUUUUGUGGCAAUAUAAUGUAAUGCCUUUAAAUAAAAAAUAAAAUAAGU